UCUCUCUCUCUCUCUCUCUCUCUGGACUCCGUAAAACUUGGCGUUUAGACGCUUACGUCUGCCCGACUCUUUCCUUUCCCCUGUUCCUCUCUCUAAAUAACAUAUACAUAUUUGUAUACGUACGUCUAGAUGGGACCAGCAACAUUGCUUUCAGCUUUUAUAUACUUCAGGUGACUCAGACUACGUCAACAAGUUGUACCGUACUAUUAUAGUCGCACAUACUUAUACACACGCAGAGAGAUAGAACAUUGGCGCGCAUAUUUUUCGAUAGACAAACCGGACCGCAAUCCCGGUCGCCGGAGAUAGCCCAGAGCUCUGUUUCAGCUUCAAUAAACCUGCUACUCUUCACUGAGUUUAUUACGAAACUAUACGGAAACUACUGCUGUCUAUGAAGCGUAUUUGGGUAUUGGAGACGGAUGGUGAGGUAAAGACGCAUACUAUUUGAUGAGAGGCCAUUGGAUGUGUAAAAGUACUCAAAAAAUAACUAUGGGAGUGCAGGGAACAUGCGGAAUCAAAAUGACACGACUGCAGUUCUUGGGAAUCAUUUGCACAGUUACGUUGUUCACGGUGUACACAACUACAAAUUACCAGUUUCUACAGACAAAGAUAGAGGAAAAGUCGAAUCCCUUCUUCACGCCAGUGGGUAUUGGCGUGUCCUUCAAUAGUUUGGAUGGUUUACCUCGUGGCAUCAUUCAAGCUACAUCAGAUUUGGAGUUGAAACCGCUAUGGUCGAAAAAUGAUUCAAAGUCGAAGGUUAAUGUUCCCAAAUCUCGCAACUUAUUGGCGAUUCCAGUUGGCAUUAAACAAAAGACAAAUGUUGAUGCUAUUGUUCAAAAGUUUCUUGCAGACAGAUUUACAAUAAUGUUAUUGCACUAUGACGCCAACGUGGAUGGAUGGCUUGAUCUUGAAUGGAGUAAGAAAGCUAUACAUAUAGUAGCGCCGAACCAAACAAAAUGGUGGUUUGCGAAACGUUUUCUGCAUCCAGAUGUUGUGUCUAUUUAUGACUACAUAUUUCUUUGGGAUGAGGAUUUGGGAGUGGAGAAUUUUCACCCAGGAAGAUAUUUGAAAAUAGUGAAGUCAGAGAGACUGGAGAUAUCCCAGCCUGCUUUAGACCCAAAUUCGACCGGUAUACAUCACAAGAUUACAGUACGCAAAAAAGGAAAGAAGUUUCAUACAAGAAUCUUGGAUGCUAAAGGUCGCUCGAAUUGUUCAGAGGACAGUGAGGGGCCACCAUGCACAGGAUAUGUAGAGGGAAUGGCUCCAGUAUUUUCGAGAUCUGCUUGGCCUUGUGUUUGGCAUCUUAUACAGAAUGAUCUUGUGCAUGGAUGGGGAAUGGAUAUGAAACUUGGGUACUGUGCACAGGGCGGCCGAAUUGAAAAUAUAGGAGUAGUUGACAGUGAAUAUGUUCUUCAUCAAGGAAUAAAAUCACUGGGUGGUGCAGCUGCUGAAACGCCUUCAAAUCCUGAGAUGUCGACCCAGAAACCUACUGUCGAUGUGCGAACUGAGGUACGAAGGGAAUGUACGCUAGAGCUUAGAAAGUUCAGAGAGCGAUGGGACCAAGCCGUGAAGGAGGACAGGAACUGGGUUGAUCCAUUUAGGAGAAAACGACCGAACCGAUGAAGACGUACUGCUCUCCUAUGAGUUUUAUUUUCGGCAUCGAAGCGGGCACUCUCUCACUGCCCAACCAAUCAUUGUUCAUGAUUUUGCAUUUUUAGUAGUAUACCACCACAUACACAGGAAAAAAUGUCACAGAGAUGUAUUCGGAAGAAAGUGUAGAUAAAUUUCUUUCAUUGCGGUUUACAAUUUUCCUUUUUCAACAGUGUAUAAACUCAGAAAAAUUUUCACAGAAAAAUAUCCAGAAUAUAGUGUGCAUGGAAUCUUUGCUUCAUUCA